AUGACGCUGCUCCAGCUCGGCUUCUGCGCCGCCUCCAUCUACUCGACCUUUCUCCUCUGGGGGCUGCUGCAAGAGAGGCUCACCAAGACGCCAUACAUUGCCGCGGCGACGCUCCUCCACCCGAACCCGCAGCCAGAGUUCUUUCGCUCGCCGCUGUUCCUCAAUGCGAUACAGGCAUCCCUCUCUGCCCUGACGGCGUGCAUCUAUCUCCUCGUCCGCAGCCGCGGCACCGGCCAAGGCCUCGUACAGGUCCUUGGCCUGCAGGCGCUCACGCCGUCCGGCGCGGCAAGGGCGCUCGAGGCGCAGCAGCUCAGCAAGAUCGGUGCCAGCGGCAACGGCAACGCCACGGCGAAUGGCAGCAACGGGCAUGCCAAGCCCAACGGCGACGUUGCCGUCGUCAAGCCCGGGUGGAUCUCGCCGCUGCUGCUGCGCUACCUGGCCAUCUCGGCGCUCCAGUCGACGGCAUCGCAGCUGGGCUUCCUGUCGCUGCGCUACAUCAGCUACCCGACGCUGACGCUGGCCAAGUCGUGCAAGCUGGUCCCCGUCCUGAUCAUGAACGUGGUCCUCUACCGCCGCAAGUUUGCGCCGUACAAGUACGUCGUCGUCUCGCUCGUCACGGCCGGCAUCUACCUGUUUAUGGCGUUUGCGCCGGCCAAGGCGGGCGGCAAAAAGGCAAAGGGGCCCGAGUCGAGCAGCCUGCUGGGCCUGGCGCUCUGCCUGCUCAACCUGAUCCUCGACGGGGCCACCAACAGCACCCAGGACGAGGUGUUUGCGCGCUACGGCAGGCAGACGGUCUCGGCGGGCCAGAUGAUGCUCGUCAUGAACGCGCUCUCGGCGGUGCUCAUGGGCGGUGCGCUGGUGCUGCCACUCCACCUCAUCGGCUUCGGCGCUGGCGGCCACGGCUCGGGCUUGGGCUCGGGCUCGAGCUCGGGCUCGCAGCUGAGCGAGGCGCUGGCGUUCAUCUCGCGCCACCCGGACGUGGUGCGGGACAUGCUGUCGUACGCGCUGGCGGGGGCCGUGGGGCAGGUGGCCAUCUUUGAGACGCUGCAGCGGUUCGGAAGCCUGACGCUCGUGUCGAUCACGGUGACGCGCAAGCUGUUCACGAUGCUGCUGUCGGUGGUGGUGUACAACCACCAGCUGAGCGCGCUGCAGUGGGUGGGCGUCGCCGUCGUCUUUGCGGGCAUCGGGCUCGAGGCGCGCGAAAAGAGGCGCGAGGGGCUGGCCAAGCAGGUGCUGCGCGACGAGAAGAAGGCGCUGGCAAAGGACGCCUGA